GCGCAAUUUGGCUCUGCAGAAUGUUUUUCUUCAUUUUUAACAAAACCUUGAGGCUUAGAGGAAUAUCGGACCGUGAGAAUUGUCCUGAACGAGGUUAGAGUCCGGUAAGGCAGGCUGGCGCUUCAUGAAUCAGAGAGAAGGCAUGUCGUUCCGAACCCCGACUCUGCCAUUUCCCCCGCAAAUUCUAAUUGCGAGUUGUGCCCGAUCUCUUGGAGAUGAAAAUGCAGCUUGUUAUCAAAUAAAAUGUGGUUGCAAAAACAUGCUUGCAAAAACGUCAGAGAAGUGGAAAUGACGGGGUAAUUUUUUGGACACAACAAGAGGCAAAAAGAAUCAAGCAUCAUUUUUUUUCAAUCCUGCAACGAACGACGUUUUCUGCAGUUGUUUGUCAUACCAUAGGUAGAACUCUAUUUUCGUUUAAAGUCUACGCAUCCCUGCUCAAUAUUCUCGCUGUUCCGAAUCGAAAACAAUGAUGCAAAGGGUAGAGAAUUUUGGCUGUCUUCAAAUUCCCUCGAAAGAAGAGCGGCGGGUGGGUUACAGGAGAAAAAAUAAGCGCCAUUCCAUGUCGCCUCACCGGUCAGGUGAAAUUCCGCAGUCACCUGCGUGUUUGAGUAUGGCGGACCGCUUGAUUCUACCAAAUAGCGAAGAACAGAGUUUUGGCCGUUCCCGAGUACCAUCUGAGAGUAUUUGCACUUCGCCUGAUAUCGCAGCAGGAAAGCCCUUGUUCGGACGCUUACUCAGUUUUAGAAGCAGCUGCUGCUCGAGUAGCAAAAGCUAUUUUCGAUUUUGCAGGAAGACACCCAGCAUCUUCGCCCAGCAUCUUCUGACUUUUGUCUACACUCUGCUCUUAUCAGGAGUGCAACCUGUACCUGUUCUCGCGAGCGAGGUUCAGCUGUCCCCUUCUUGCUACAUCAACUGGGAGGUACCAGAUUGCCAGGAAACAGACGCCUGUGCCUGCAUUUGGUACAUUCGUAUUCUCAACGAGGCGGCUUUCUACUUCGUACUCUUCAUCAUGACGAAAUGGAUGCUGCUAGGGACGCAGUAG